AUGUUUGGAGAAUGUAUAAAAUCUGACAAUUACUUGAUGGGGUGUGACGUAACUUUAAGUGAAAAGCUAUGCGUAAAGCAGAUUGGAACAGUCUUGGGGGACUUGGCAUAAUGUAUAUUUGAUGAAAGUUGUCACGUGAUUUAAAAUAUGGAUUCUGUGUAAUGUAGUGAUAAAAUUACACAUUCGGGCUGUUUGUAAAUUACAAGUUAACAUUGCAAAUGGGAAAAUCAUAAAUGCUAAGAAUUAAACAACCAAGAUUAUGAUACAUUAUAAACUACCUUUAUGGACAAAGAACUAAGCAUUUCAGUUUGCCCUUUAAUUACAGGGUAUUUGAUCAUGCACCAUAGUGUUCUUUGGCCUUUGGUUGAUUAUUAACCAGACAUGAUCGAAGAAUCAGAUAAUUUAAUAUUGGAGGAUGAAGGACAAUAUAUAGAGGAGACUCCUACUUACUCAACGACAGAUGCCCUACAAAAUAAUUACAUAGACACAACUGGGAAAUUUGUAUGGUACGAAUACAAAGUCAGUAAAGUGAGCACUGCUUCGAAUUUGAAAAUAAAUGAUCAAACCAGAUAUGGGUGUAUAGCCAUAGAAGUACUAUCAGAUAGUGACUAUUUAACUACUUUCAGCUUAAGAGGCACAAUAUUUGGAGUCAAUCAUGUAUAUUGUAAGUAUUUGACGAAACAUCCAACGGAUCCUCAGCUCAGUAUUUUUCAUGAGAGUAAGUGUAUGACAGUGACAGAGGAAUAAUUGAGAGAUAACAAUUUUAUUGGAUCAAAUAAUAUUACUUGUUAACAAAUGAGCGGAUAUCUUUGUCAAAGGUUGAGGGUUGACAAUCUUAAGUGUAUGAUUCAUGGAGAGACCGAAUACGAUUGCAUUUCAUUUGAUGAGAGUUUAUAUUAGCCAAAUACUGAUUGCUUAUAGAGAUCCAGUACUGCUACUUAUUAUUAAUGCUUGGAAAAUGAGUUCUGUUUCCUGAACAUUCAAAGUGCAAUAGGAUUUUGUGAUAGUAGUUGCUAUUAACUUCGUUUUGAUUAAAGUGCUUGUAAUAACAAUGCAUAAUGUUAUUGGAGUGGAGAAGCCUCCACAGUCUCUCCUGACAGUAUUUUGUUACACUGUCUACCUUACAAUGGAUGUAGUACAUAUGGAUUAAGUGAGCAAUAUUGUAUUCGUAUGGCUUUGCAAUGCUUUUGGAAUGCAGAGAAAAGUAGAUGUGAAGACAGUAUCAACGUUGCAUUGAUAUCUUGCGAGGAUGCAAACACUCUAUUUACGUGUACAACCAUUACAAGAUAAGAUUAGUAUUGCAUUUGGUAUAAUGAUGCCUGCAUUAAUCUUAAGAAAUAGCCAUUGUUAUCCUAUUUCAAAUCUCUUCCUUAGAAUAUUAUGAUGAAUAGGAUAACAUGUGUAUCUAUGGAAUCAGAAUAUUACUAUUAUGUACCAUCAACAAAGUUAUGUCUUUAAACAAAAUAAAUCACUAUGAAAUGUUUGGAUAAGACACUCGAUAGUUACAAGGAAGAUCUUUUAAAAUCAGAUCUACCAUGCACAAAUGUAGAUGCAUAACACAUUACUAAGUUCUUUUGUCUUAACUUCUUGAGUUCCUAUACAAGAUGGGACCAAUAUAAUUAUAAAUGCUUAAAUUUAGCUGAAGAACAAUUGAAGAAACCAUGCGAUACUUUUAAGCUCGUCAAUCCUCGUGUCUGUAGUCAAACAGUUUAUGCGGAGACUGAGUACUGUUUCUAUGACGAAAAGAGAUAGAAUUGCUAUACUAAGCCAAAGGAGGGACACACUUUGAAAUGCUAAGACAGAGGAUUGGAUAAAUCACUAUGCACAAAGAUAACAACAUAAGGGUAAUUCUGUCAAUGGAGUUAUGGAAAAUGCAGAACCCUCAUUUAUAGACAGAUCUUGCCAUACAAAUGCAAUUCGCUAUUAAAUGUGAAUGGGAACUCCUGUGCUUACUUUACAAGUCCUGGAAGUUGUCUAUAUGAUCCUGACUAUGCCAGUUGUGCAGUUGGCUAUGGUCCAGAGAGCACUUGCAAUGUGAAUUUGAAUCCUGAUGGUUGUGAGUAAUCAAGUGCUUCUUGUUAUUAUGACUAUGUGAAAUAUAAGUGCUUAGACACAACUCCAGAUAUCUUAAGUAUUAUAAAUUGUGAAGGAUCUAAAUUAUCAUAAAAUGCCUGUAAGUAAGUAACAAAAGCAGGGUAGGCAUGCGUUUGGGAUAGUGCUUGUAAGUUCUAUCCAAAACAGUAUACCGUGACAUGCACAACAUUUACUACAGCAAAUACAUAGGUUUGCAAAUACUUGCAGAGUGAAUUUGUUAACUAUUUCUUGGAUGGUACUUAUUGUGAAUUGAUUAAUAAUGUGUGCACUGCAACUCGUGAGGCAAUCGUUGGUUGUGGAUCAGACCGGGAUAUCAAUGUUCACAGAUGUGUGGCAUAUACAAAUUCUAAUUGUUAUUUUGAUUCGAAUUUCAAAUGCAUUGAAGUGAAGGAUGAACCUUACAAAAAUGUGUUAUUGAAUACAUUAAAUUGCACUUAAACAAAUUUGAAUCUAUGUGGUAAAAUAACAACAAAGGGACAGACAUGUUGGGUGGUGGAUAACAAUUCCAAUCUUAAAUGUUCAUAUUAUUCAGCUAGUAAGACAUACACUUGUUCGGAAAUGGGUUCCUUGAAUACUUCAGGUGCUAUAAAAGUAGAAAGUGGAAAGAAACAAUGGUUCAAUAGAAAUAUGUGUUAUUUGGCAACUGAUAGUUGUCACUUCGAUAUUACCCAAAGCAAAUGUUUACAGGAUUUAAAUUUAAAACUUAAGUGUGAUCAUCCAGGUCUAAGCAAGGUGUUUUGUCUUACAUAAAGUGUGGGUGGCUGUUAUUUCAACAAUAGAACUUGCGAUUACUUGGAUUUCAAUGAUUUAUCAAUUGCAUGUGAAUUAAGAAAUAGACAAGGAUGCUUGAUGGGAGGGUAGAAAUGCUAAUGGUCUAAUAACAAAUGUUCUGUAGUCUAUGAUCCUGAUUUGUCAUGUCCAACUAUCUAUGAUGUUUAAUUUUCUUGGAUGAAUUGUGGAACUUCUCAGAAUAUCCAAUGUUGGGCAUAUGUGGAUUAGUGUACAAAUUAAGAUAUCGUUGAUUUGCCUUGUGAAGCUGGUCUCUCAUAAGGUACUUGCCAAUCUUUGGAUCAUUAUUGUGUUUGGUCAAACAGUCGUUGUUAGGGGUAUAAUCCAAAGAUUCACUCUUGCCAAAAUGCUGUCUCCUUGUAUGAUUGCGUGUAAAAUUACAACAAGGAUGAGUACUGUGCUUAUGUGGAUAAAAUAUGUUUUAACGUGAAUCCCCAAGAGAAUACUUGUGAUCAAUUUAAUUAAGUGUCACUGGCAUAUUGCCAAGAGUUUCCAAAUUGUAUAUAUGAUACAGUGAAUUCAAAAUGUAUCAAUGUACGAGUAAGUGAAUUUUAUGAAUCUAAAUAAUUGGACUCAAGAAACAACUAGGGAGUAAGUUGCUCAGAUUUAGAUAAAAUGCAUUGUUUAUUUUAAAAAUCAGCAAAUUGUUAAAUUAGUUAUAAUUCUUGUGGUGAUAUCUAUUGGUCAAAUUUUGAAACGUGUCCAAAUUAUGAAUUUUAUGAUUAAUAUGACGGUUUACUUUCUGACUACGCAUGCAAACAAUUUUCAGAUUGUGAAUUUUUUGGAUCCAAAGAUGGUUAGGUUGGUCUUUGCUACAAAAAGGAUGAACCCAUAACAUGUUCACAAUUAAAUUAGUCAUUUUGUGUAGUCGAAUUUGCGACUUUGGAGUGCAUGUGGAAUCUAGAUGAUAACGUAUGUUAGGAUGUACCAGAAGAUAUAAAUUGUGAUUCUAUUUUUAAGAUGAAUGUUUCAAAUUCCUCGUGUAGAAAGGCCAAUUUAAAUAGUGCAGAUAAAAGUUGCUAUUUCAACAGCAACGAAAGCUUGUGUAAGCCAAUGUACAUAAAAACAAAUCUAUCAUGUCAAGACGUAGAAAUCAAUUAUGCAGAUGAUUAGAUCUCUAAACAUGUACAUUGUGCAUUUACUAAUUCUAAUUGCUAUAUUAUUCACAUUGCAGAAGAUUUCAAAUGCUAAAGUACUGCAGAUCAGACGAAUGUGAGUGUGAAGAACAUAAAGUUGUGCAUUUCUCAAGUUGAUAACACUUACAUGUUUAAUCUGUAAAAAUACACAUGCGAUGUAAUUACAACUGACACUGAACUGCUUAAUUGUCAUUUUCUCAAUCAGAAUGCUUGCAUAAAGUUAACGAAUAAAUAUAGCUCAUUCAAAUGUGUUUGGGAUGACUCUGAAUGUCGAGACAUAGUGAAAUCAGAUUAUGAUACCAUUGAAUGUAAGUAUCGUAACCUUAAUACAUGUUUUAUGAGCAACACAAUAUAAUGCAUUUACAAGGAUGAUCUAUGUUAAAACUAUGCUCAUGUGGAUAGUAUUUGUACUUACUCAGAGACAACCUUAGUAUCACCUAUGGUUUGUUAAUCGAAUGGUUGUCUAUCUGAUGGAAAACACUGCUUCUCAAUUACAGUUGAGCCUGAUUCGUAUUACAGAUGCAAAUUUAUGGGUUUGACCUAAGAUCAAUGUAUCAAUAAAACAUCAUACACUAAAUGUUAUUGGAAUGCAGACUUGGAAUAUUGUGAUGAUGCUAAUCUAAGUACUCUUAAAUGCGAUGAUGUUGUCAGUUAAUAGACUUGUACAUCCAUCAAGACUCCAGGCUAAUAUUGCAAAUGGACCGAUCUAGGCUGUGUCAAUUUGGAAAUUGAGUUGGAUUGCAGAGAGUAUGAUAAUCAAUUUAAUGGGUGUAUCUAAUAAGAAACUAAAAGUUGCUAUUAUGAUUUUAGAUAUAAUCAAUGCAGAGAUGCUGCUUAAGUGUAUGAGGCAUGUUACGAAGGUUUAAGCAAGAAGGCAUGCAAAGAAAUUGCGAAUGAAGUGUGCGUCAUGGAUCAGGGACAAUGUUCAAGGAUGACUUCCACUUUUUACACCUGCAGAGCCAUCUAUAAUAAGUUUGGUUGCUAUUACAUUGAUUUGAGUUGCAUCUGGGACGACGAGUUGGGUUGUCAACCAUUCACUGACAAAUUGCCAUGUAAUGAGUUACCCAAGGGAUCAAAUAGAUACACUUGUAAAUAUAAUGCUGUACCCAUAAGUGGUGUUGAAGAUUGCGAAUAGUGCAAUUGUUCAUUCGAUGAUGCCACUCUCUCUUGCACUUAUAGAUUGUCUGGAUUGUCCGUUUAAAACUUUGAACAAGUCGAUCAAUCCAAUUAUAAUCAGAUUAGAUUAACACAAUUGUGUGUGGAUAUGAAGGAUUAUCAUGAUUGUAUUGGAAAUCUCAUUGAUUCUUGCAAAUGGGUGAAUGGAUUAUGUAUCAACUCAGAUUUUAAGGGUUGCGAGUCGUAGAGUAUCAAGGCUUGUUUAGCCAUAGAGAAUGAGUUGUGUUCAUGGAGAGAUUAUUCUUGUUACCCUUGGAAUAAAAAUAAAUUUGAAAUAGCCUUGGUUACUAAGAAUGUAUGUAAGCAAUUGGAUUAAUCUUUGAAUGCUAAAUAUGAUGAAAACACUUAAUCAUGUAUUCCUACUAAGUUUGAGGUGGAUGAUUGUAACAUUGUAAGUGUAUCUAAAAUCACUUGUCUUUCUAUUCGCAAUCAUCCUUGCAUUUAUUAAGAUGAACUCUGUAAGUUCUAUUCCUCUAACUAACAACUUCCAAAAUGUACAAACUACUAAAACAUCAAUUAUUUAAUCUGUUAAUCCUUAUCUCAUAUUGCCUGCAAAUUUAAUGCUGAGGCCUUCUAAUGUGUCAAUAUUGAUAGCAAAACAGAUGGAUGCUCAACAGUAGGAUUGUCUCAAAAAGGUUGUGCAUCCAUUCAAACUGAAGCAUGUUAUUGGGAUGGCUUUUCUUGUUAAAAGUUUUAACCUAUCAAUAAUAUCAAUUAAUGUGAUUCCAAGACUAUAAUGAAUAGUCUGGCUUGCAGUUAGGUUGCUUACUUAGAUCGUCCUUGUUCAUUCGAUUCCUUGAAACAAGUGUGCACCAGCAAAUUCAACAGACAAAGUAAGUGUGACACUCCAGGAUUGAAUAAGAGUGCUUGUUUAUAGUUAGAAAAUGAAGCAUGCUAAUAUGUAAACAAUAGAUGCUAGAAGUUUGUGAAUGGAAAUUAUAAAUGUUAUCAACUCACUUAGGUUAAUAGUAAAGUAUGUCAAAUCUUAGAAACUGACACCUGUGCAUAUGAUAUCACAACCAACUCGUGUUAUUCAAUACUAAACUUUCUGUCUUGUAGUUCACUUGGUGUCAAUGUAAAUUCUUGUUCGAUUCUGAGUAAUUGUUCAUGGAACAACGAUGAUAAGAAAUGUCAAUGCAACCAAAUCGAAGUCAAAGAUGUGUGUUACUCCAAAAACAAAGAUACUUGCAUCCAAAAUUCUAGUAAUUGUCAUUACUCUGCAGGACAAUGCUAUAAGAAGAAAUGUUCAGACCUUCAAAUUGGGGAGUGUCAGGGCAUUGUUAAUAAGGAGACGUGUUACAUCAACUAAGACUAUCAAUGUCAAGGGGCUACUCAAUGUGAAGACAUCGUUUAUCUAUCCCAAUCGUAAAAUUGCAAUCAAUUCAAUUUCAAUGGUAGUGUGUGCAUUACUAUCAACAACUAUUGUAUCAGUGCCACAAAUCUAGAUGAAUUGUGCAUCAACAGUGAUUGUUCCAUCAAUUCUUGUAUCUUGGAUCAAGGCAUCUGCCGACCAUUGAGUUGUCAAGACUUCAGUGAAGAUGACUGUUUCCAAAAUGAAGGGUGUGCUAUGAUUGAUGGUUUGUGUGUAGAAGUUGAGAGUUGCAAUCAAAUCUCUGACCCUGCAAUUUGUAGGAUGGUGAUAGUUGACAACAAACAAUGCAGUUGGGAAGAGUAUAGAAUCUUGGAUGAAAGCAAAAUAUGUACGAACUCUUAAUGCGAAUUGUAUGGACCUGCUUAUACGAUAUGCAAUGGAAAUGAAAUCAACGGUAAAACGUGUGUGUUGGUCGAUUUGAUCAAAUGUAAAAUGUGUGAGGAAAUCACAGAUGUGUGCAUUUGCAAUAAUUCUAACAAUGCAUGUACCUUUGUUAAUGGCAAAUGCCAAUCUAUUUCUUGUGCUUCUUUUGAUAACGAACAAUUGUGCUCAGAUUCUAAACGAUGUUAUUGGAGUCAACAAGACAAGGUCUGCAGAAAGAUGUGCGUUCAAAAUAUCAGGUAAGAUUAAUGCGAAGCCUUAAUUUAUGAAUGUCAUUGGAAUCCCUACAUGAAACUGUGUGAACAAGGUGUUGAAAUCAUCCCUGAUAUUAGUAUAGACAUUGAUAUCGACGAGCAAUUUGGACAAUUAAUAUUAUUGAAUCUGAUUAUUAUUUUAUCCAUUUGA